AGCGGCCGCUCUCCCUAGACUGGCACUUUCCCCCUCCCCUACCAAUAUCAGAUCAGAUUCUCUUUUUCUCCGUGUGUGUGUCUCCCAAAACAGCGGAUUGCCCAACGGAAAGGUGCUGGUGCUGCAACUUUUUCUGUCUCCCCCCACCAGAAUAUGUCGUUGACCAACACAAAGACGGGCUUCUCUGUUAAGGACAUUUUGGACCUUCCGGACACCAAUGAUGAGGAGGGAUCUAUCACCGGGGCGGAGGAGGACACGGAGGGCUCGGAGAGCACGUCCACGACGAAAAGCACGGGAGUUUUGGUGAAAAGUCCCCUGGAAAACGUGCAGAACCUGCCUUUAAAGAACCCCUUUUAUGACACUAGUGACAAUCCGUACACGCGAUGGCUCGCCACCACCGACACGAUUCAGUAUUCAUUGUUCCUCCCGUUUCUCGCCGCCGCAGUGCACGGCCUCUCCGCCGGCUCCCAGGACUCAGCCAAAUCCCCGGAGCCGUCCGCAGACGACGAGUCGCCGGACAACGACAAGGAGACGUCCAGCAGCGGGGGCAGCGACUCCGGGAAGAAGCGCAAACGGCGGGUGCUGUUCUCCAAGGCUCAGACCUACGAGCUGGAGCGCCGCUUCCGACAGCAGAGGUACCUGUCGGCCCCGGAGAGGGAGCACCUGGCCAGCCUCAUCCGACUCACCCCGACCCAAGUGAAGAUCUGGUUCCAGAACCACCGGUAUAAGAUGAAGCGAGCCCGGGCUGAGAAAGGUAUGGAAGUCAGCCACCUCCCGUCCCCCAGGCGAGUGGCCGUGCCGGUCUUAGUGAGGGACGGGAAGCCUUGUCACGCCCUUAAAGCUCAGGACCUGGCGGCCACUUUUCAGGCCGGGAUCCCCUUCACGGCGUAUGGCGCGCAGUCGCUCCAGCACAUGCAGUACAACGCGCAGUACGGCGCCACGGCCACGCCGCACUUCCCCACGGCGCACCACUUGGUGCAAACGCAACAGUGGACUUGGUAAGGGACGCCAUAGAGACUCGUCUCGGGGAAGGCACACUAGGCGGUUUCACUCCACGCGUAAAGACAGAGGGAACCCCCACACAAAGCCACACGUGAAAGACUUCUACCCCCCUACCUCCCCACCCACACCCCAGUAUACACAGGACAUAUAGUACCAGUUUUAUUCGGGGCUCAUGUGUGCACCGCGUUUACAUGUUUUCGUUAAGAGAACUGGCUCCAACACCCCCCCCCUUAGAGAUUUUAUCGACAAUGUCAAUGCUCUUCUU